UGAUGUCAUUUAUAUUUUCAGGUGUUAUAAGUUUUUACAGAAUGUCGAAUAGAUUUAUUUCUCCGUGUAUUACGUUUGUAGCUAUGUGCCUACUCGCCACGUUGAUUAUUACGCCGUUGACCGUACAUGUGAAUACUAAUGUAAAGGACGCUGAUGGAAUGUUGCGACGUGUUGUACGAAAUAUCAAACAGGAUGAGAGUCUACACUCGGUUAAAAGAAGAUCAGUAAACAAUACUGGAAAGAACGCACACCAGAUAGCUUGCGGGAAGCCAAAGUCUUGCGAUAAAUGUGUCAGCAUAACCAACUACCACUGUAUGUGGUGCACAAAAGGAAAUAAGUGUAGUCCUUACCCUUUCAAACAUAUCCUACCGAGGUCAACCGACUGUGAUUGGGAAAAUGCGAGAUGGGGUGUUUGUUGGAUCGAUUUUAGAGCUCUGCUCAUCUCAGUUAGCGUUAUUGGUGGUAUUCUGACGAUCAUUAUCUGCUGCUGCAUCGUGAAGUUUUGUAAAUGUAUCACUGAUUGUUGUCACGUUUUCAAGUUCUGUUGCUGUUGUGAAUGCUUUAGCGAUUCUCGAUCCUCGCGCAAAGAAGAAAAAUCAUUGAAACGCCUCGAACGUAAGUUGCAGAUCCAAGCAAGAAGACAAGAAAUGAUGCUUCGGUAUGGAUCCCAACGACCCGGAGGAGUUCCAUAUGGUAGUACUGGUAACUACUCACAGUUUGACAACACUCCUAUCUAGUGACUUAUUUCGUCUGCUAUUUAUUGCAAUUGUAUAUUAUAUGUUUACGCACACGCUAUUAUUACGAGAUUGCAUAUAUAUAUGGAAUGAAUGAAGUAGAUGGCUCGGAAAUAAUACUGUGAUUAGAAGAAGACAAUUACUUUUGCCAAAUGUAAAAUAAACGACACGGUAACGACA